GCAGCACCGGUUACCCAGAUGAGCAGCAGCCGACUUGACGUAAAUUGCAAUUUUGUGCGGUUAUUACGCACACAUAUUCCAUUUUUGCAUAAAUUUUUUUAUUGUUAAUUAAAAAUAAAAGAUAAGCUCGAGAUUCGAAACGCAAAAAUAGUCUGUAAUAAAAAACAACGAAGUAAUUUCAGUGAGAAGCAGUAAUCCUCGCAGUGAAAAUGGCAGAAAAUAAACAAAACGACAAGAAAGAAUUGGAUGAUUUGCUUGACAAUGCCUUGCAGGAUUUCGAUAAGAACAGCACAUCCGCCAGCACAGGAGAUGCCAGCAAAAAUGUUGCUGCAAAUGGGGCGGUGGUGGGCACUCCAGCUGAUGCCGAAUCCGCCGCAGAUCCCGACGCAUUUUUUAUUGAGCAGGCAAAUGUUUUAGCCGAACGCAUGCAAACCUUGUUUGGCGGUCCCAACACGCCUAGUGGUGAACUACCGCCGCUGCCACAAGAUCCAGAUCAAAUUUUGGCUGGAUUCAAAAAAAUGGCUGAAGCGGCAGCUAUGACUUUGCAGGGCGAAAAUCCAGCAAGCGAUGAAGAAGUGGCCAAAUAUUCUGAUAGUAUAGCACAAGCUCUCAAGGGCCUUCAAGAAGGCUCGGAAAAUUUAAGUGCACCCGUUUCUGAGACUGAUGUCGCUAGCAUGUUUAGUGGGCUCAAUUUAGAAAAUCCCGGAGAAGGUGAUAACAACAUGUUCCUACCGUUCAUGGAAGGCAUGAUGCAGAGUUUACUGAGCGCGGAAAUAUUGCUGCCAAGCAUUAAAGAGUUGGUGGCAAAGUAUCCAAAAUAUUUUGAAGAGCAUGGUGACAAAAUUGGCGCUGAGGACCGAGAGAGAUAUGAAAAACAACUGGAACUAUACAAAGUGCUCGAGAAGCAAUUAGAAGCAGAGAAACCGGAAGAUUCAGCAGCUGUUAAACGCGACAAAUUCAAAGUCGUUCUCGAUCAGAUGCGCCGAUUGCAAGAAUUUGGAAACCCGCCCGACGAAAUUUUGGCUGAAACAGCCGGUGAUCUUCCCAUACUGGAUCCAAAUUUAGCCGGCGGUGCUGCAGGAGCUGGAGCGNUGCGGAAAUAUUGCUGCCAAGCAUUAAAGAGUUGGUGGCAAAGUAUCCAAAAUAUUUUGAAGAGCAUGGUGACAAAAUUAGCGCUGAGGAUCGAGAGAGAUAUGAAAAACAACUGGAACUAUACAAAGUGCUCGAGAAGCAAUUAGAAGCAGAGAAACCGGAAGAUUCAGCAUCUGUUAAACGCGACAAAUUCAAAGUCGUUCUCGAUCAGAUGCGCCGAUUGCAAGAAUUUGGAAACCCGCCCGACGAAAUUUUGGCUGAAACAGCCGGUGAUCUUCCCAUACUGGAUCCAAAUUUAGCCGGCGGUGCUGCAGGAGCUGGAGCGAACCCACAGUGUCCAAUGAUGUAGAGUGUGGGCGUCAUUUUAAUAACAUCAUACGUGUAGCUGGCAUCAAAAUUGCUGGCAAGACGACAUGAAAAUAUCUGUGACGAAGCAGCAAUUUUUAUAUCAAUUAGUAGUAUUUAGACAUUUUUAUUUGACAAGAGCAUCUUAGUUAUUGAGGCAGGUUCUGUUAUUUCACUAUGCUGUAAUUCCGAAUGAAUAUGAGCAAAUUUCGCUUUAAUUUCAAAUUGGCAGGAGUUGCAAUUUACUUGGAGUGAAUUGCAGAACCUGCCUGAUUGUUUUUGACGAUAUUUUAUUUUAUUUGCAUUAUUAAUGUUCUUUUUGAUUUUAAUUUGUUGAAUUAAUUUAGGUAUAUCAUUUACUGGUUUGAUGCAAAAUAUGAAAUACUAACAAAAAAAAAUAUUUA